CACCCAUCCCAAACCUUCAAGCUAGCUACCGUAUUUUCUCAGCACAUUCAUAUUUUCUCUCAAUCUAAUUGAAGCAAAAUGAAUCAGGAACAACCAAGGCGUCACCAAGCCGACCAAGAUCCAAUCAAAUACGGCGAUGUUUUACCCGUCUCCGGCGACCUUGCACAGAAGCCCAUUGCGCCGGAAGACGCUGCCAUGAUGCAGAGUGCGGAGAGUCGAGUGUUGGGUCAGACCCAACCCGGCGGAGUAGCGUCUGUCAUGCAAUCAGCCGCCACUCGGAAUGAGCAGGCUGGAAUCGUUGGUCACCGUGACGUUACUGAUGUCACCUGCGAUCGUGGCGUCACCGUCACAGAAACUCAAGUCCCAGGAAGACGCAUAGUAACCGAAUCAAUCGGUGGACAGGUUGUGGGACAAUUUGUUGAGCCGACCCCGGUUCAGGGUGGGCAAACCGGUGUGGUCGGAGAGAGUGCCUUAACCAUAGGGGAAGCACUGGAGGCGACGGCCCACACUGUGGGUGACAAGCCGGUGGAACAGAGUGACGCUUCUGCAAUACAAGCAGCGGAGGUAAGAGCUACAGGGUGUAAUGUUAUAACGCCUGGAGGGUUGGCUUCAAUGGCUCAAUCCGCGGCGUCUUACAAUGCUGACUGUCAGCGUGACGAGGAUAAGAUCAAGAUAGGCGAUGUUCUGUCAGGUGCCACCGCAAAGUUGCCAGCAGACAAGGCGGCGACAAGGCAAGAUGCUGCAGGGGUGGCGAGUGCAGAGAUGAGGAACAACCCUGAUGCUACUGCUACUCCUGGUGGUGUUGCUGCUUCUGUGGCUGCGGCCGCUAGGCUCAAUGAAAGCGUCAAUAAUGUAAUGUAGUGUAAAUCGUGAUGAUGAAUGAUGUUUUUCUGUUUUGUUUUUUGAGUGGUUUCACCACAUGUGAUGUUUUUCCUUUCGUUUUGCUAUCAUGUGUAUGUUGUGCUCUAAAUUACCUAUGGCUUUCACUUUUUAGUUAAUUCCAUAUUUCCACUGUCUCCAAUA